CCAUGCCUUUUGCCUCUCCAGGAAGUGACCUCCCACCAGCACGCCUCCGCAGGUCAGCGGAGGAUGCGCUGGAGUACACUGGGGGUCGAGCACGGCCAGGACUCUGCAGCUAUGGUCAAACUACUUCCUGUUGUUUGAGAUGGAGGAAUGUUAAUGGCAUUUGUCAGCCUGUGUGCAAGAAGCCCUGUGUUAAUGGAAAAUGUGUGGGACCAGACAAGUGUUUAUGCUCCACGGGGUAUAAAGGCCCUCAGUGUGAUGAAGAUGUAAACGAGUGCGGUUUCCUGGAGAGACCAUGUUCCCAGCGCUGCAUGAAUACACACGGUAGCUAUCGCUGUUACUGUGAACCUGGAUACACACUCAGUGCAGAUGGAUACACCUGCACCAGAGAGGCCGCAUGUUUCUCCCUGCGCUGCCAGUUUGGUUGCCAGAUGGAGAGAGGGGGAGCGGUGCGCUGUCUGUGUCCCCCCGGCCUCCACCUGGCCGCUGACAACAAGACCUGUGAAGGUAAUGCUCCCUCAGAAACACCCCUCAGCCUAUCGCUGCGGUGA